AUGCUAAAAUGGAUCCCAUGUGCUAAACCUGGUAAUGACAAAAAACUCUGCAAUGACAAGUCUCAGACGAGCUGUUUCUUCUGCCCUGAUGAAAUAAGACAUUCUGUGUACGAGGACAUUGUUGAGCAUGUAAUGCCUCUGGUGAGAAAGUUCAGUGACAGCAUUAGCAACCAACUUGGUCUCAAACGCCUACCCCCACCUGAAAAGGUGAUAGACAAUUUGUUCAUCUUGAAAUCAAAAGCACAGAAAAUGACUGAUCCUGACACAAAUGUGGAUUUCAAAAGGAAGUUGCAUAGCAUUUACAAACACAUGCAAGACCACACCUCUGAAUUUUCAACAAAGAUGAACAAGGACACACACUGGCUGUGGAGCCACAACCAGUUUGUAUCACCACAAGAUCUGGUUCUAGACUACCCACGUAAUCUUGACCUGAGCUCUUACAUUGGGAAGGUGCCAAAUGAAUUUCUGCCUUACAAGAAGUUACUCCUGGAGUUUGGUCUGAGAAUGUUGCUUUCAGAUGAAGAGAUUAUUGGCAUUCUUCAUUCUAUCCAGCAAACCAUUGAAGGAAGGCAACAGCCAUUUGCAAGUUCCUCUGAGGUAAAAGUGUCAAUAGAAAUUCUUAACUGGCUGUGGAAAGAGAAGAAGACGGUUCACGAUGACAUCCCAGUGCCAGUCAUCAUAAGAGGUGAACAACAUACCCUUAAACCACUGUCAACAGCAGUCUUCUGUGAUGUGAGCAGAAAUGGGUUGGAAGAGUACAGCCAGGAGGAAAUUCAUGUUAUACAUGAGGAAAUCCCAAAAGCAGCUGCUGAAUGGUUUAACAUCCGAUUUCUCAGUACUUACAUCCUUGAUCCAGAGUUAGUGGGAAUAGAACAGUAUGGACAAUCUGAACCGAUAACAACGAGGAUUAAAAACAUCCUUAAGGAGUAUGAUGAGGAAAGUGACCUCUUCAAAGAGCUCAUUCAAAAUGCAGAGGAUGCUGGCGCAGAAGCCUGCAAAUUCUUGGUGGAUUUCAGAGUGCACAAAGAUGCCCCUGAAAGUCUCAUUGACCCUGACAUGACCCUUUGUCAGGGACCUUGCCUUUGGGCAUAUAAUAAUGAGAAAUUCAAAGCUGAGGAUUGGAAAAAUAUUGUCAGAGUUGGCUCUGCCUCCAAGGAAAACAUGGUGGAAAAAAUUGGAAAGUUUGGACUUGGAUUCAAUACUGUGUAUCAUGUAACAGAUGUUCCUUCUAUCCUCAGUGGCAACAGUCUUCUCAUACUUGAUCCAAAUGUAACUCACCUCAAGAAGCACAUCAAACAUAAAACAAAUCCUGGAAUCAAGCUGGAUCUCUCUCAGAAACGACUUUUCCAUUGGUUUCCUGGUCAAUUUGGACCAUAUGAACGCAUUUUUGAUUGCAAUUUCAGCAGCCAAAGUCUCCCUGAACCCUAUCCAGGUACUCUGAUCAAACUACCUUUUCGAACUGAAGAAGAGGCUCUCAAGUCAGAAAUAUGUGAAAAGGUGUAUCACAAACACGAUAUUAUCACUUUUCAACAGCACUUCACUACCAAUUCACAAACACACCUGCUGUUUUUGAAGAACAUAAAUACAUUAUCUUUACAAAGUAUCUCAAACAAUGGAUCAACUCCACCAAGAGAUAACGAAAUAGAAACCGUCUUCAAUGUCUCCAAAACCACUCUGAGUACAAUGAGUAUUCCUGAUGAAACCAUCGUGUCUAUGCAGCAUCAAGCCAAGAAAGCAUUGAUGAAACUUGAUGGGAAAUGCAAAGAGGUCAUUGACUGCUGCACAGUCAACAUUGUCCAAAUCACCAGUAAGCAAUCUGGUGUAACUGAAGUCCAGUCCUGGCUCCUGUGCAACUGCUUUGGGACACAUCAGUCUUUGCAAAUGGCCCUUCAAGAAAACAAGCAAGCCAAGUUCUCUUUGCCCAUCGGGGGGAUUGCUGUGCUUUUGCAAAAUGAUCCAGGAACUGGAAAACUGGCUUCAUUACAAACAGAUCUUGUUGGACAGGCAUUUUGCUUCCUUCCCCUUUCCAUUAACACAGGUCUUCCAGUCAAUGUAAAUGGAACAUUUGCUGUGACGAGCAACCGAAAAGGUCUGUGGGAGAGUGGAGAGAAACAUGACUGGAACAAAGCCCUACUUCAGGAUCCUGUAGUGACGGCAUAUGUUACUGCACUUUUGGCACUAAAGAAAAUGUCUGAAAACAAGCAACUAGAAACGUACUGCUAUCACACCUUUUGGCCCGAUAGAGAGAAAGUAAGUGAAACUUUCAAGCCUUUGGUUGAUGCAUUGUACACCGCCAUUGCUCAGCACUCCAUUGGCCCUGAGCUCUUUAGUGAUGGAGAACAUUGGUGCUCAAUGAACAGUGCCAUAUUUCUACACGAGAGCAUCCAAAAGGAUAACGACAUCAGUGCACUUGCAGUGCAGGUUUGCAAGAAACAUGCAAAAGCACCCAACCAUGUUGUUCCUCUUCCACUGUGGUUGAGAAAUAGCUUCAAACAGUCUGGCCUAGAGGAGGCUAUACAAAACAGAACAUGGAACUGGGAAAAGUUUUACCAAAAAGCUGUGUUUAACAACCUUGAUACCAUGGACCCUAAGAGUAGAGAUACUCUUGUGCUGCAUGCUAUUGACCUUAAUAUCAAAGAAAUUGACAAACUACUGGUCUGCUAUCCAUGCAUUCCCACAAAAGGUGGAGAGCUCCAGCAUAUCAGCAAACUUGUGAAUCCAUCAGGGAAAGUGGCCUGUCUUUUUGAACCAGACGAAGGACGCUUGCUUGGUGGUACCAAAAAUGACUUUUGCUCCCCCAAAAGGAUUACACGCUUGUUGGAACUUGGAAUGGAAAAUGAUCAUCUCCCAUUGAAAGACAUCACAGAGAAAGCAGGAACAAUCCCCAAGACCUGGAAAACUGACAAAAAGAAAGCAUGUGGGCAUUUGAAUUGUCUUCUUGAACUUAUGAAGAAUCACAUGAAUGACAAAGACUCUCUCCAAUGGGAAACACUGAGGAUGACAACAUUUCUCCCAGCAUUUUCCCCUGGUGACACAACAAUGGAAAGAGAUGUCACACUUAGAAGGCCCAUUGAUAUUUUUAGUGACAAAUGCUCCCCACUUGUUAACAUGACACAUCACGUGCUGGAUCAUACUAAUCUGAAAAUACACAACACUGAUCCAGUCCUGCACAUUUUGGGAGUUCAGGACAGUCCAGGGUCUGAGAAAGUGCUUCAGCAACUGCAAGAAGCAUGUGAGCAAUCUCAAUACAUUGACCCAUCCAUGCUUCACAAGAUAGCAUAUGAAUGCUAUAAAUUUCUGAAUCAGUUGCUCAGUGAUUCUGGGGAUUCAACUUUCAUUUCACAGAGGGCAAAUUCAUUCCCAUUCAUUCUUGUUGGCGGUACAUUUAUAAAUGUGAACCUUGUUGCGGAAAAUGAGCAAUUUGAAGCAAAACCUUAUCUCUAUGUACUUCCAACUGCCUUUGAUGGUUUCAGGAGACUCUGGGAAAGUGUAGGUGUUGCAAAAUCUUUUACAACCAGUCAGUUUCUAACUGUGCUCCAGGAAUUACACUCUCAACAUGGUAGCAAGAUCCUGCCAAAGAAUGACCUAUCAAUUUGCCUCACAAUUCUAAAAAGAGGGAUAUAUGAGGCCAAAGAUAAAACAACCAUUGACUGCCUGAUACCCAAUGAACAUGGUGUUUUACAACCUGCAAGUGAGAUGUUUUACAAUGACAGCCCAUGGAUGUCAGUCGCUCCAGGUGUCACAUUGUGUCACGAGAAUAUCCCACGUGUUAUGGCUCGCCACUUUGGAAUCAAAACUACCAGGCAUCAUACCCUGCAAAACCACAUAGUUGAGAACAUUUCACCAUUUGCUUUUCAGUUUGAACAGCAGGAACAACUAACUGUUCGAAUUAAAAACAUAAUUUCAGCUUAUCCAUCAAAGAAGGAUAUCCUUAAAGAGCUUAUCCAAAAUGCUGAUGAUGCGGAGGCCACAGAAAUUCACUUUGUUUGGGACAAACGACAGCAUGGCAUAAAAAAAACAUUUGGGAAGAAAUGGAACCAACUGCAGGGACCCGCACUGUGUGUGUUCAACAACAAAUUGUUUUCUGGUGCUGACCUGGCCGGCAUUCAACAGCUGGGAGAAGGAGGAAAGCACAACUCCCCAGGGAAGAUAGGAAAAUACGGAGUAGGAUUCAAUUCUGUUUACCAUCUGACUGACUGCCCCUCAAUCCUCACUGGAGAUGAACUGCUCUGCAUUUCUGAUCCCAAUCAAAAAUACAUUGAAAGUCAUUCAGACAAGCCACCAGCUGGCAUUGGCUAUAAACUAGCUGACACUUUCAAGAACAUGUACAUGGAUGUCUACAAUUCCUUUCUUCCAGAGAAAUUUUCUCUUAAAGAAGGCACUAUGUUCAGAUUACCUUUAAGGAUGGGUACCAUGGCAAACAGCUCUAAAAUAUCACAGCAGGGAGUCACUGACCAUGACAUGGAAGAACUAUGUUCUGCACUCUCUGAAGAUCCUGAAGGACUAAUUCUGUUUCUGAAAAACAUCUGCAAAAUAGCAGUCCAUGAAAUCAAUGAACAAUCAGGGAAACUUGAAACCAUCUUCAUGGUUGAAAAAAGUCUACCACAGAAAUACAGAGAAAGAAAAGAUGCUUUUGUAAAACUUCAACAAAAUGCACUGCAAUCUGACAAACCAAAUACACCAGACAAGGUCAUUUAUGGAACCCAAAUUAAAACUUCUGAUAAAAGACAAACUGAAUGGAUCAUUGCAGAACAGUUUGGCACAUUCAAAAACAGUAGUGAUGGUGAGCUAACACCAUCAGAAAAACUUCCCCAAGCAGCAAUAGCGGCUCGUGUGAACUCGUGUUUAGAUCGAGCACCAUCCAGCCCUAUGGAUUUUAAAGGAGAAGCAUUUUGUUCACUUCCUUUGCCAGGAAAAACUGGACUGCCAGUGCAUGUCAAUGCAAACUUUGAGGUAGAUUCUGCCAGGAGAAGCCUUUGGAAAGCAGAUGGGCAAAGUCUCAAAUCUAACUGGAAUGAAUCUCUGAAACAGAAUGUCAUUGCUCCACUUUAUGCCGAUCUCCUUCAGUACUUCAGCCUUAUCAAUGCAAACAAGAAAGCCACUAGGGAAAGUAUUAAGUCAUUUUACUUGUGUUUUUGGCCAACUGUGUCCACAGAUGUUGGCAAGGACUGGCAUGAAAUGAUACAUGAGGUAUACAGAUCAAUCAAAGAAAGAGGCCUUGAUGUGAUUCCAGUGUUGAGGAGUUCAACACGCAUAAUCGCAGGCCGAGAAUUAAAGCAGCACUCAUUUGACUGGUGUAAUGUCAGAGAAGCUGAAACAACUAAGACACCUUAUCUGACACACUCAGAAAUGGACGAUAUAAAGAUAAAUCCUAUUUUGGAAGAUCUUGGAAUGACAUUGGUUCCUUGUUUCAUGCAAAACGUUUGGAGAAGUUUCAGAUCUGCAGGCAUUGAAGUGAAAGAUGUGAAUCCUUCAACUGUGCAGACUUUCCUGAGAGAAACAACCCUCAAUGAUCCAACCCAAACAGACAAGGAUUUACCCCUGCCCAUAACUGCUACUCUGAUCAGAGAUGGAACAAGAUGUUCUGAGCUCUUGAGUUUCUGCUUAAAAGACUUGAAAAAGAUCCCCAUGGACAAUUCCAUUUCACUCAAUGGACUUCCACUUCUGCUCACAAGCGAUAAAGUUUUGAGAGUGUUUAACUCCAAAACUCCCAAGCUGAUAUCAAACUAUGACUCCCUGUUCCAUUGGCUACAAGAACAGUUUGCAGACUUUCAGACCAACAAAGACAACAGUCCUGUUCUACAAACUUUAAACCUUGUCAAAUGUUUGACAGUUCCCUGUGCAGCGGAAUAUCUGAAACCGUUAAUUCAGCAGCUUCUUCAGAAAUGUGAAGUUGAUCCACAAAGUGGUCUUCAUGUCCCAAACGAGACAAUGUUGAGGUGGUUGACAUUACUUUGGAAAUUCUUAGUAAGUCAAAUUAAUCCUGGAACAUCUAGGGAUGAUGAUCAAAGUCUGACAUUAAGUGAUGUGAAGCAGCUCUUCAACGACUGCUGCAUUUUACCUGUUGUGUGUCCAAGGUUGAACAACAAGCACUUCCUGCAAACAAUGAAAGACAUGCCGAGUGUGAUUCAGUUGGCCUCAGAAAGGGAAAUAUCAGGCAUCCUUUUUAAACUUGGUUUUCUGAAGCUUGACAAUAAAUUCUUCUCUGACGUACUUUUAGGCCGACAGGAAGGUUUACUUCUAUACCCUGAACUUCUGGAUGUGAAUGAUAAAAGCUCUGUGUUGGACCAGGUCUACAACGUUAAACAUUCAGAGUUUUCCCAGCUUUCAAUUGCUGAGAUGAAAGAGCUUCAGUGUUUCCUGCAGUCUGGAGUAUCCAAGUCCAAAGACAAACAAGUUUAUCAAAGUAAGCUCAAAUCCUUGCCAUUAUUUGAGACAAUACAUGGUGAACGAGUGAGAAUUGAUGGACCUAAACAGGUAUUUAUCCUCAUCAGCACAUAUUCAAAGACCUUUCCAGAUUUGUUCCUCCUGCCUGACAGCAACAUCAUUUUUCUCCAAAACAGUCAAGAGAACUUAAGUCUGCCAGAAACAUUGAACAUCAAAACCCUGACUGAUUUGGACUAUUUCAUGAGGUUCAUUCUGCCCAUUGUUCACACACUCACAGAAAUGCAGAUGAUUGACUGCCUCAAACUGUUACUGUCACCACUUUUCCAUUAUCUUAAGUAUAAGGAAAAAAUCAUCUCCUCAAUGAAAACAGUGAAAUUGAUUCGCAGUUCUCAAGGCAGAUUGGAGAUGGCAUCAUACUACUUUGAUGAGAGUGUGGAGCUAUACAAGGAAAUGUUGCCCCAAGAGAGAUUUGUGCCUGAGAGAUUUUGGACUGAGUUGUGUGAAAGAGAGCUACAAACAAAAGGACCACAGUUACUGAUAGAACUUGGAAUGAAGCAUGUUGUGUCAAAACAAGAGAUAAUAGGUUUUGCACACCAGUUAGAAUCAGACGCAAAAGGAAACGGUCAACUUAAAGAGUUGAAACGGAAAUCAUCAUUAAUAUUCAAAGCAGCCUUGAAUAUAGUGAGUGACAACAAAGAGGAAAGCCUUCUGAAGAGCAUUGCUGACAUCAAGUUCAUUUUUCCCGUGACAAUUCAAGAUGAACUGUGCAAAUAUCACCAACCAUUUGCUGCUGAGAGAACUGCUGUUACAAUCAGGGGAUCUUUGAUGGAUGGUGAUCCUAAGCAUCAAGAACUAAUUUGGUCCUCAAUGCCAAUCAUACAUCUACCUGUUUAUAAGUCACAGAAGCUCCUGAAAAUGAUGAAUAAUGCAGGAGUGCAUGAGCAACCACCUUCACACUGUGUAACCAGUAACAUGAGCAACAUCUGUCAGUCACCCUGUGAAACUGACAAGUUGAUCAAAACCCGCGCUAAUGUGUUUCGAAGUGCAUAUGCCUACCUGCAAGCAAAUGGGUUUGAAGGCCCGCUCUUGGCUGGUCUUCCUGUUGUGUUGGUUGAAAAAGACAACGAACUUGUAAGGCCUGAUGAUACGUCUUUUUCACUCCCCAAUGACCAUGAGUUCAGACCGUAUUUGUACCAAAUCUCUCCAAAGGAUAUCAUUUUCCAAGAGUUCUUCAAGAAAAUUGGAGUUAACGACAAACCUACUGCAGUGCAGUAUUGUAAUGUUCUGGAGGCCGUUCAUGCAGAUUCCUGUGAUAAACUCCAACUAAACCCAAACCAACAGAUAACAGUGAAACGCGCUGUUGAGCAGUUUUUUACGUUAAUCAAAACUCAAGGAAACCGGUCCCCUAUUGACGAUGUAGAGACUUUGUAUCUUCCUGCUGUAGAUGGUAAAUUAUACCCAUCAUGCACACUCUACUACAAUGAUACAGCGUUUGAGACCAAAAGGUUAGAAGAAGCGCUGGAGAAAAAGUUCCUGUUGCUGGAGAAACUCAGUGAAUGUCAUUUAGAUAAGGACAAAUAUGCUCAUCAUCGGUUGCUGCAAUUGCUGCCUCAGAAUUUGAGGCCUAAAAUGCUGACUGAAUUCACUGAGGAGAAAGUAGUGGAAUCACACAUGCAGCUUUGUGAGCUCGAGACUGACUGUGAGUUUAGAGGAUGGUUUGACAAACAUCUGUCCUCUGGAGCAUUUACACAUGGACUAAUCUGUCUUAUCAGAGACAAGUCUGAGGGACAAAUAACACAAGAAUAUGCUACUGACAUGUGCAAGAAGACUUUUGGCAGUAUUCAGAUUGUCUGCUGCAAAAGUCUGAAAACUGAGAUUUGGGUGAAUAAACAGCCACUAAACCGAACUGCCUCUAAAACUGAUGUUUUUGUCAAACGAGGGCAACAAGGUUGCAUCUUUUACUUGAAACACAACAAUGACUUGGAUCCCAUGGUGAUAAGUGACAUCAAUAUGACUUUGACAAUGGAGAUUAAUGCUCUUUUAGGCAACAUAUUGCAAUCAAGUCACCUCCCAGUCCUUGGACACCUUCUCAUGUGUAACAGUCUGCAAGAUGUUCUGCAAACUCUGGCUAAGAAAGGGAUCCAAGACAGUGGUGAAACUAAGAGCUUCCUCCUCAAUCCACCAGCCCCGGGAACAGAAAUUCCAGAGGAAUGGCAUGAUUCCUUAGACAUGAACGUCCUCAAUAACUUUGAAGAGGGAGAAUAUGUUGGCUACAGCACUAACGACAAGUAUAUCUAUGCAGUCAUUGUUGAAGAACUGCCUGGGCACUCAGGACCAUAUUCACGGAGAUACAAAAUAGAAAUUGGAGAAGAUGAGCCAAUUGAAGUCAGUUGUAUUGACCUGUAUCAGUUUAAAAGACAAAAGAAGCCAGAACCUAAAGGGAGGACAUGCACAUCUUCUGAAUCUUCUUGCAUGGAGCUGGUGCCACUAGCAGGAGCUUUGCCACAUUCUACCAAACCAUCAACUACAAGUUCCUCAUCCACGAGAUCCUCACCAGCCUCUAUUGAGGAAGCAAAAAUGGAAAUUGACAAAUGUCUGACAGAGAUCUGGACUCUUCCUGAGGAGGAGAAGCAUAAAGCCAUCAAACGACUGUACCUUAGAUGGCAUCCUGACAAAAACCCCGACUGCCAACUUCUCGCCACCGAGGCAUUCAAAUACUUGCAGAAUAGAAUUGAUGAGCUCAGCAAAGGGAAAGGCAAAAAUACAGGCUCGUCAUAUUCAAGCGGAAAUUCAAAUUACAGCAACUUCUAUCAGAGCUGGAAUCAGGAGGCCAGGCAUCACAGAAAUGGCCGAGACAGAUUCUCUAGAGGCAACCAUUCCUACAAUUUUUGGACCCAUAAUGAAAAUGUCCCAAGGCCAGACAAAGAGGAGGCCCAGCGCUGGUGUAGGCAAGCUCGCUGUGAUCUCACUGCAGCUUACAAAGAUGUUGGUGGCGCAAGUACAGAGUGGUGUCUGUUCAAAGUCCAUCAAGCAGUGGAAAAGUCUCUCACAGCUGCAAAGUAUAAAAAAGAUGGUCAGCAUCCCACCAGCUGCUCCAUUUCAGCCCUUGCAGCACGAGUUUCCCUCUACAACCUCCAACUCAGAGUUCUGCCUCAAAUUGUGGAGAAUCUGAAGAAGCUUGGCGUGGACGACAAAAAAACUCAGUAUCCAAACUGCCAUCCAUUUCCCCAUAUUCCAAAUGAACAGUUCAAAUCAGAGAAUGAAUUGUUAGCACUGGACAAGGCAGCUGAGCUUCUCAGUAAAGUAGAGGCUUUUGUAAAUUAGGGAUUCAAGACAAACUGACAUGUUGGCAGAGUCAAUUUAAAAUUGUUGUUCGAAAUGCUGUUAGCCAUAUUUGAUAUUGAAACAAAUAAUGGCAUCAUUUGUUUAAAAGGACAGACCUAAGCAUGAUAUGACUUAUUGUAUUAUAUGUUGUGAGAGUUCUGAAGUUAAACAGAUUUAUUUGGGACUCAUUACCAUGACCAUGUUGUAGACAUUUAUGACAACUCACUGAGGACCAAUAUAAUAACUUUAUGCUUUCCUUAUUGAAAUGAAAAUAUGAAAGUUUUUGUUGUAAUGUUAUAAUUUGUAACUACUCACUUUUCAAUACUUUAAAAUAUUUUUAACUUCUCACUGAGUACCAAUAUAAUAAUUGUAUGACUUUGUUAUGAAAAUGAAAACAUCAAGAUUCUUUUUGCGAUCUUGUUAACAUUUACAAUUUCUCACUAAGGGUCAAUAUAAUCUUUUUAUUACUUCAAUAUGAAAAUGCAAAUUAUUUUUUUGUUUAAGCACUCUUGUAAACAUUUACUACUACUCACUCAAUUCCAAUAUAAUAUCUGUAAGACUUUGUUAUGAAGAUGAAAACAUCAAGAUUUUUUUGCAAUCUUGUAAACAUGUAUAACGACUCACUGAGGAUCAAUACAAUAUCUGUAUUUCUUUUGUUCCUCACUGAUUUUCACUGAGUUAUCCGGCUGGCUAACACUGGAACAUACAGAAAUACAGAGAAAAUUAAAUGUAAUGUUAUGGUUUGUUGUCAUUUAUUACUACUCUGACGAUCAAUAUAAUCACUGUACCACUUUGUUAUGAAAACGCAAGUAUCAAAUCAUUUUGUGGAAUUCUGUCACAAUUCUAAUGUUUUUGUUCAUUUUCUUACCUUUUGAAAUGAAAAAAAAGAAAUGAAUUAAAGGAUAAAAUGGC